AGAGUAAACUACAGAUAUAUCAUACCUCUUUCCAAGAGGACUCACCUUGCCGAGCGGUGACAGCCCUUGGGCCAAGGCCUCGACCGACCGCCUCCGCAGUCCAGACCUACAGCAUCGCGGUAUCGAACCUCGGAACCUCUGUGGGCAAGUCGAUCAGGUACACUGGCAGCCCGGCGCCUUCGAUACAAGUCCCCGCCGCGAGCGGAGCACGCAACAUGUCAUUCCCCAACAUCUACACACAUCGCAAAGUGGCCGAGGCAAAGGCCAAGUCGUGUGACAUCUGCUACAAGCCUAGCUCCAGCGUGCUGAUCACACCCGACAACAAGGACUGGUUCUACAUCUGUCCCGCGCACCUCAAAGACCCCGGGUUCUGCACGCCCAAGAUCGACCAGGCCGCCAUCGAGGCCCGCAAGAAGCGCGAGCUGGAGGAGGAGAUUGAGCGCGUAAAGAAGGAAUACGAGGAGAGGCAGAAACAGAAAAAGAACAAGGAGAAAAAAAAGGAAGAGGAAGCGAAAGGGGAGGCCAAGUCGGGCGACGACAAGAGCAAGGACGACGACAAGGCCGAUGAGGACAAGCGGCAGAAGGUGCCAGAAAAGACGGAACCGAGCAGAAGCGGUGCCUCAACCUCCCCGGCUGCGGAAGAGGAGGAGCCACGAGUAUUUGAGUUGAAGAGCACCUUCUACAAUCGACGGCUGAGCAAAAAGAGGCAAGCCGAGAUUGCGAGGCGCAACUUCGAGACCAUGCAGGAUCCCAAGUUCUUCCCGUCAGUGCCCAAGGGCUUUCCAUGAUGCGGCACCCCUGCCGAACGCUCCUGCCCGGCCGCCCACAGAUUCCCUACCCAGCAUGCACAUAAGACGGGUUGGUGACGAGAUCU